AUGGCGACCCGGCAGUUUCCAGGAGCUGCCGGCUUCCAAGUAACCCGAUCUCGGCGUUCCGCUUACCUGUCGGAAGCCAAGGGGGAACGUUUACCACCUGGGACGGCUCGGGCGGAGCCCCGUGGAAAACCCAACCCCCGGUUUCGGGCAAGCGGAGGCGGCGACUACGCUUCCCACCCGCGGAAGCAAAACAUCCCUCUGUGUGCAGGCUGCAACCAACACAUCGUGGACCGCUUUAUCCUGAAGGUGCUGGACCGCCACUGGCACAGCAAAUGCCUCCGAUGCCACGACUGCCAGGUGCAGCUGGCGGAGAAGUGCUUCAGCCGCGGAGAGAGCGUCUACUGCAAGGAGGACUUCUUUAAGCGGUUUGGGACAAAAUGCGCAGCCUGCCAGCAAGGCAUCCCACCCACCCAGGUGGUGCGAAGGGCCCAGGACUUCGUCUACCACCUCCACUGCUUCUCCUGCAUCGUCUGCAAAAGGCAGCUGGCCACCGGGGAUGAAUUCUACCUCAUGGAGGACAGCCGGCUGGUCUGCAAGGCCGACUACGAGACCGCCAAGCAGAGGG